GAGCGCGCUCAGCCCGGCCGGUCCUCGUCGUCGCCGUUCGGCCGCCGCUUGCCCUCGGCCGCCUGCGGGCGCCGGCGCGGGGCGGGAGCAGAGUCGCUGCAGUCUCAAACCAUGAAUUACGUGGGGCAGCUGGCCGGGCAGGUGAUUGUCACUGUGAAGGAACUCUACAAGGGCAUUAACCAGGCCACGCUGUCCGGCUGCAUCGACGUCGUGGUGGUGCGGCAGCAGGACGGCUCCUACCAGUGCUCGCCCUUCCACGUGCGCUUCGGGAAGCUGGGCGUCCUGCGCUCCAAAGAGAAAGUGAUUGACAUAGAAAUCAAUGGCGAUGCAGUGGAUCUUCACAUGAAAUUGGGUGACAAUGGGGAGGCUUUCUUUGUGGAGGAGACCGAAGAGGAAUAUGAAGGACUUCCUGCCUACCUCGCCACCUCACCAAUCCCUACUGAACAUCAGUUCUUUACAGAUAUUGACCCCCCUUUGGUGAAACCAGGUGGAAGUGAAAGACCAUCUCAGAGUUCAGACGUCUCCCACAUUCUGGAAACAGAGACAGUUUUCACCCCCAGUUCUGUGAAAAAGAAAAAGCGAAGGAGGAAGAAAUGCAAGCAGGACAGUAAGAAGGAGGAGCAGGCCGCUUCCCCUGCAGAAGCCGCCGCGGGCGCGGAGCUGAGCUCGGAUGACGACAAGGCGGCCCAGGUGGCAAGAGGAUCUUCAAAUGCUUCCUUAAAGGAAGAAGAAUAUAAGGAGCCUCUGCUUUUCCAUUCUGGAGACCACUACCCCUUAUCUGAUGGAGAUUGGUCCCCCUUAGACAACCCCUACUCCCCGGCGGCGUGUCCUAAGAGCGACUCAGAGCUGGAGGUGAAACCCGCCGGGAGCCUGCUCAGAUCCGAGUCCCACAUGGAGUGGACGUGGGGAGGGUUCCCAGAGUCCACCAAGGUCAGCAAAAGAGAGAGAUCUAGGACAGCUAUGAUUACUCCAUCAGAAAAUACCCAUUUUCGGGUAAUUCCCAGCGACGACAACCUCCUAAGUGAAGUUGAGAAGGAUGCUUCUAUGGGGGAGACGGUCUGUACCAUCGUGAAGCCCAAGCCCCGGGCCCCAGGGAAGCAGAGGAGUGGAGCAGCCUUGGCAUCAGGGCCUCAGGAGCCCCCCGAGGGGUCAGACGCCCACCACCCUCCUCCCCCAUCCUUCGCCGAGGCACCCUCAGAAGCUAAACCAGCCGCUAAAGUCGACUCACCCUCAAAGAAAAGAGGGCCCAGGAUUAUUCACGUGAGAGCAGGUGAAAGAAUGCGUGACUCAGCGCGUGUUUAUUGGGCGGCUGUCAGGAGUGCGACCCUGACGCCCUCUUCCAUUCGCAUGGAUGCUGAGAACCCACACAGGGAAAGAGGUGUCCACAAGAGAAGCCAACACCAGGGACCUGAUGAUAUUUACCUGGAUGACCUAAAGGCACUAGAACCUGAGGUUGCAGCUCUCUAUUUCCCCAAAAGCGAGUCGGAGCCCGGCUCCAGGCAGUGGCCCGAGGCCGACACGCUCUCUGGCUCCCAGUCCCCACAGUCUGUGGGCAGCGCGGCCGCCGACAGCGGCACCGAGUGCCUCUCGGACUCUGCCAUGGACCUGCCCGACGUCACCCUGUCCCUCUGCGGCGGCCUCAGUGAGAACGGAGAGAUUUCUAAAGAGAAAUUUAUGGAGCAUAUCAUUACUUACCAUGAAUUUGCAGAAAACCCUGGACUUAUAGACAAUCCCAACCUUGUAAUACGGAUAUAUAACCGUUACUACAACUGGGCGUUGGCGGCUCCCAUGGUCCUCAGCCUGCAGGUCUUCCAGAAGAGCUUACCUAAGGCCACAGUUGAGUCCUGGGUCAAAGAUAAGAUGCCAAAGAAAUCUGGUCGCUGGUGGUUUUGGCGUAAGAGAGAGAGCAUAACCAAACAGCUGCCAGAGACCAAGGAAGGGAAAUCGGAGGUGCCGCCGCCCAUCGACCGGCCGUCGAGCGCGAAGGAGCCGGCCAGUGGCAGGCCGGCUGAGGAAAACUCAUCGAGUGACGAGGGGUCCCAGGAGCUGGAAGAAUCCAUCCAAGUGGACCCCAUCCCUACGGAGCCGCCGAGCCACAGCAGCACCACCUCCUAUAAGAAGUCUCUUCGUCUGUCCUCAGACCAGAUCGCAAAACUGAAGCUCCAAGACGGCCCAAAUGACGUCGUGUUUAGCAUUACAACCCAGUAUCAAGGCACCUGCCGCUGUGCGGGGACCAUUUACCUGUGGGACUGGAACGACAAGGUCAUCAUUUCUGACAUCGAUGGGACGAUAACCAAGUCUGAUGCUUUAGGACAGAUCCUUCCACAGCUGGGUAAAGACUGGACUCAUCAGGGUAUCGCAAAGCUCUACCAUUCCAUCAACGAGAAUGGCUACAAGUUCCUAUACUGCUCCGCCCGCGCCAUCGGCAUGGCCGACAUGACCCGCGGCUACCUGCACUGGGUCAACGACAAGGGCACGAUCCUGCCCCGCGGCCCCCUGAUGCUGUCCCCCAGCAGCCUGUUCUCCGCCUUCCACAGGGAAGUAAUAGAAAAGAAACCAGAGAAGUUCAAAAUUGAGUGUCUAAAUGAUAUCAAGAAUCUCUUUGCCCCGUCUAAGCAGCCCUUCUAUGCGGCCUUUGGAAACCGUCCAAAUGAUGUCUACGCUUACACACAAGUUGGAGUUCCAGACUGCAGGAUCUUCACCGUGAACCCCAAGGGUGAGCUGAUACAAGAAAGGACCAAAGGAAACAAGUCAUCGUAUCACAGGCUGAGCGAGCUCGUGGAACACGUGUUCCCACUCCUCAACAAGGAACAGAACUCCGCCUUUCCCUGCCCGGAGUUCAGCUCCUUCUGCUACUGGCGAGACCCGAUCCCUGAGGUGGACCUGGACGACCUGGCCUGAGGCCGCACCUCCAGCGGGAGGCCCUCCGUCGCUCGCCUCGCAGCAAGGGAAGGUGACCAGCCCUUCUGCUGGACAGAGGACAUGGGGGUCCCCUCCCGGCCACAGGUGUGGGACAAGACGUGCUGACAGUCGGGCACCAGCAGGGACGGAAAGCUGCUGGGGCUGGACCGCCUUCCCCCUCCCCCCUCCCGGGCCCUGAGGGGCUGCUGUUGGGUGCCGCGGCCGGAGCCGCGAGGGGAACUCGGGCCUGAGGCCGGAGGCCUGGGCUCCUGUCACUGGCCGGUCCUCCCACAUGCUCUGUGUUGUGUGCUGGGUGCUCCUUUAAUUGCAUAAUUUAAAAAGAAGAAAAAAGAAGCUAAGAGUGGACCAAAACGUUGCACAAAGUAAAGUGUUCUAAUUUCCACUGGGCAGUUGAGAGUGUUUCUCUCUAAAAAGGAGGGCUUACUUCAGGGGAUCAGGGUCCAGUUGGUGAUGUUGGUCCAAACCGCCCGUGCACAUUUCUUCUGUGGGCUCCUCCCUCCCUGCUCCACGGAAACGGGACGCUUGCUCGGGCCCCCAGGGUGACAAACGUGGGCUUCGGGGGAACAUAAGGUCCUUAUAUCAUUGCCUUCUCACCUGUGACUAUUCCACGGUGGGGACCUGAACUGAGGUGUCAUGUCUCAGACCGGUAGGAAGGAGCAGGUCUUGCAGGAUGUAUGUGAUGCCCGUCAGAGCCGUCCUAGCAGCAGGAGUUGGUUAAACAGCAAGGAACAGCUCUGUUCUCAGGGAGGCCUUGGAAAUGCAGAUGGGCACUUGUGACGGGUCCUGGGAAGGGUCCUUUCUCUGUCCCCCUGCCUGCAGCCCAGUGUCCCAGCCUGGUUGUGACGAGCUCUUGUCGGACCCGAGCAGGCCGCCCCAGGGAAGGGGGGUUCUGUCCACAAGCCUCUGCAGAGCUGUGGGCACGAACCUGCAGAGGUGAGGCUGGGUGUGGACAGUCCCCUUGGUGUUAAAAUCGGGAGAACUGUUAGAGAGGAGGCUCUCCUGGGACCAGCAGUGCCCACACACAGCCCUGCGCUGGGUGAGAAAGCAGUGAGCAGGUUCCAGGGCGGAGGGUGGGCGCCCAAUGGGAAUACUGCAGAGCAGUGCAGACACAGCCCCCGGCCCCCAUGGUUUCCCUUCCCACCUGUGCUUUCCCUGUGCUGGUUUGGCAGGGGGUACAUCUCCUUGUAGUUUGCUCCACCAAUAACUGAUCUAGAGCUGGGGAAAUGGGGGCGGUUAUUUUCCAGAGUGGAGAGUUGAAAGUCCCUGACUCAGUUGAGCCUUGUUUCCCAGUGCUGUUGGGUGCAGGGACGAUGGCACCGUCCCCGGAACGCAGCUCUCAGCGGCAGAGGCUGGCGGAGCCACACACGCUUCCUCCGGUGCAAACCGUCCCACCGUGAAUAGCUCAAGGACUCAUCAUUUAAAGGAUUUAUUUAUGUACAGGGUCAGGGAAAGUAGGUUGUGUUUGUAUGAAGUUCUGCCCAGUUAGUGAAAUCAAUUCCUCGUACGGUGGCCCUGCAGUUACUUCAUCUCAUAGAUGCCAUUGGCCUGUCGCCCCACGUUUGCUUUAGGCAGUUACCCUGAGCUUCGUAGGGCUUUGCUAUGUGCGGUACGGAAAUCUUGAUAACACACCUUCUGUAGUCCUUUGUUGGCUGUCCUUUAAAGAGUUUCUGACUAGACACUUUCUUUUUCUCGAUAAGCUCUUCUCUCUGGACACAGGGGCAUCUUAGAGGGUCGAACCUGGGAACCCAGGUCUCCCGGCCCUGCACUGAGGGUGGCUGACCCCUCUGCCCGGGGGCCAUCAGCACUAGACUUUGUCAUUUUGUCACCGCAGAUUGAUCCAGUGGGUACAUGUGCUAAUUAACCUGAGUCUUUUUCCUUAUUUAAAGGAGUCCCUCUUGCUGAAAGUAGAUGAUUACUAUUACUAUAGUGUUAAGAAAGUAUGAAGUUUGUGCUGAAAAUCCAUUGCCAUUUGGUACAAAUGACAUUUGUUCUUUCUGUGAAAGAGAGAUGCCCUCGAGUGUGUGUGUACACAGACCCUUCUGAUGGGAGCUGAGGAAGGAGCAGCGGCCUCUCGCUGCCUUCGGGG